UUUAAACCCAGAAUCCUACAUUUCGUCGUUUCGAUUCGAAAACUCAGUGAAAGAGCUAAAAAUGGCGAAUUCAAUGGCCACGCUUUCGAGAAGACUCUAUCGAUCCCUUCUCUCGAACCCUCGAUUCUCUCAAUCUUCCAUGUCCUUCUGCUCCAACAGCAUCUCAUCCGACUUGGACGAGUUAUCGGCUAACUCGGACACUGAAUCGCCCCUUGAAUCGAAGUAUUCGGAUCCAAUGUCUCGAGUGUCCGGAGAAGAACGCGUGAUGGAAGAGCAUCCCCUCGAAAAUGGCCUCGAUGCUGGCAUUUACAAGGCAAUUUUGGUGGGGCAAGUGGGACAGCUGCCACUGCAGAAGAAGCUGAAGAGUGGAAGAACAGUGACUCUCUUCUCUGUAGGAACCGGUGGGAUCAGGAAUAACCGGAGACCGAUGAUUAACGAAGACCCUAGAGAAUAUGCGAACCGUUCUGCAGUGCAGUGGCACCGUGUCUCUGUUUACCCUGAACGCUUGGCAGAUCUUGUCUUGAAGAACGUUGAACCCGGCACAAUUGUUUACUUGGAGGGUAAUCUGGAGACGAAGAUUUUCACUGAUCCAGUCACUGGUUUGGUUCGACGUAUAAGAGAAGUCGCAAUUCGUAGAAACGGCCGAGUUGUGUUUUUAGGUAAAGCUGGUGAUAUGCAGCAGCCAAGUUCUUCUGAGCUUAGAGGCGUUGGCUACUACUGAUUUUUAGCAUAUAAAUUGUCAUUACGAGACACAAUUCGGUAUUGUAUCUUUUUCGCUUUUGUUGUCUCUUCUUGUAACUUGAUCAAUGCAUUUUUAGUUAAACCGAGUCUAAACCAAAAUUUUUAAUUAA